CCAGAGGGGGUGGGUCCCGCCUUCAUUACUCGUAAAUAAUUUGCAUAGCCAAAUCUGUGUGCACUGUGCAACAGAGAAAUUUCCCUUUCCCCUCGUUUUAUAAAAAGGCUUGCUCGUAAAUCCAAAAAAAAAAACUUACUCCUCUUUUUCUCUCUGUGGAUUUUCCUCGAACAGAUAAGGAGCUAUGAUUCGGCUAUUUAAAGUGAAGGAAAAGCAGAGAGAACUUGCUGAAAAUGCUAAUGGUGGCGUGCCGAUCAAGAAGCAAAGUGCUGGAGAAUUGCGUCUUCAUAAAGAUAUUUCUGAGCUGAACUUACCUAAAUCAUGCACCAUGACGUUCCCCAAUGGCAAGGAUGACCUUAUGAGCUUUGAGGUUUCUAUCCGGCCAGAUGAAGGAUAUUAUUUAGGUGGAACAUUUUUGUUCUCUUUCCAAGUUUCCCCAAUCUACCCACACGAAGCACCAAAAGUUAAAUGCAAAACCAAGGUCUACCAUCCAAACAUCGACUUGGAAGGAAAUGUCUGUCUCAAUAUCUUGCGAGAAGAUUGGAAACCUGUCCUCAAUAUAAACACUAUCAUUUAUGGAUUAUAUCAUCUCUUCACGGAACCAAAUUACGAGGAUCCCCUUAAUCAUGAUGCUGCAGCAGUGUUGAGGGACAACCCAAAGAUGUUUGAAUCUAAUGUGAGAAGGGCUAUGACUGGCGGGUAUGUGGGGCAAUCCUUCUUUCCACGGUGUAUUUAGGUUCUAUGUGGUGGUACAUGGUGCCAAUUCAAAUGUGUUAUCAAUGCUUGAAUGCCCGUGGUUGUAAAAUUUAUUUUCAAAUUACGUUGUCAUCCUUUUUGAUUCUCUGGGUGGAGCUUGGGGCCUUAGUUCCUAGGAUUACCAUGCAACUGAAAACACAAACAUAAUCUGUAUGCUAUUGUAACUCUUGGAUGCAAUUUGUAUGUCGACUUGUUAUAUUAUUUAUUUCAAUGUGGAGUGAGGUUAGAUAAGAA